AUGAUGAUACGCCGUAAGUUGAAGACGUUAAAUGAUUUGAAGAAGAAAAUAAUGGAAGAAUUGAAUUUGAACCCUGCUUGUUAUGACAUACAAAUUAUUUAUCGUUACCCACAAGAAGUCCUUCAUGAACGGAUAAAUUACAGGUAUAUGGCGAUCAAAGAAGACAAACAUGUAAAGAUCAUAUUUAAUAGGAUCCAUAAAAUGCCCCAAGUAAAUGCUGUUAAGUUGUACGUAAGUUCGGAGCCGCUUGCAGAAGCUGAUACUGACGAGGUGCAACAAACAACUACAUCUUUACAAUUUACAGCUUCAAAUGAUGGAUGCACUACAAUGGGAGGCUAUAAAAUGGGAAGUUAUAUGCUUCCAUCUCAAGAUUAUGUUACCAAUACCGGUGAAACACUUCAACCUCAAGAGACACAUUUAGGGGAGGAAGACAAAGACGAAGAUCAUGCUGCAAAUAAUGGUGAAAAUCUUGAUGAUAUGGAUGAGUACGAAAAGAGGAUUGAGCGAGGCGAUUUUGACAGGGAUGUGGAUGACCAUGAACUCAUUCCCAAUUUUGAAGAGGAAAAUAUGGAGUACCAGGGUGAAGGUGAUGCAGAUGAUGAUAUUGGCAUCCAGCAUGAUACAAAUACGACCACUGCCUACACACCUCCUGCCGAGUCAUUCUACGCAAAUAUUUGGGAAAAUAUGGUUGAUCCUUCAUGUCUUCAAAUACCAUUUGUUUCUACUUGGGAAAAUGGGAUGCAUUUUAGUAAAGGGUUGACUUUUGCAAAUAAAGAGGCGGUAAAGCGUGCAUUGAUAAUAUACGUAGCAAAGGAUAAUAGAAAUUUUAUUAUUCGAAGGUCAACCAAAACUAAAUUAUGCGCCGCAUGCAUUGACACCAACUGCAAGUGGUACAUUGGGGCAUUCAUGAAGGCUAAACUUAAUGGUUUGUGGAUGGUCACGUCUUAUGUGGGUCCACACAAUUGUAUACCCUUUGGCCUACGAAGAGACGGUAAAAUGAUGGAUUCUAAUUUUGUUGCAUUACAAAUUGUGGGAAAAUUGCGACAAAAUCACACUACUCAUAUUGAUGAGCUCUGGGAGAUCAUACGUACUAAGUAUAAUCAUGAGCUUUCUUACUAUAAGGUAUGGGAUGCAAAACAAAAGGUAAUUGUUAAGAUAUUUAGGGAUUGGGAGGAGUCUUACCAAAGGUUACGAAAGUUGUUGAUGGCAUACUUGGAUUAG